AUGGACGAAACUGAAUACACCGAAGCAAAAGAUAGAUUUUUAGGUCAAAUACAAAAAACACCGGAGGAAAUCAAUGAAAUUGAGUAUUUUACUAGAAAUCAAGCAAACUCUGAUCUUUGGUACUUGGAGAGGAGAAAACGCUUGACUGCGUCAUUUUUUGGACUUGUCUGCAGACGUAAUAAGAAUACUACCAGCUGCAAGUCGUUGGUAGAGUCCAUAAUUUAUCCAAAACAAUUUUACUCAGCCGCUUGCGAUUACGGAAAAAAAAAUGAGAUAAUUGCAGUAGAGCAGUUAGAGCGUCAAAUUGGUAAAAAAAUUAAACCGUGUGGACUCUUUAUUAGCAAUGAACAUUAUUUUUUGGCGGCAAGUCCUGAUGGUUUAAUUGAAGAUCUGGGCAUAGUAGAAAUUAAGUGUCCUUAUUCCGCUAGAGAUUUAACACCAGACGAAGGUAUAAGACAAAGGAAAAUAACUUUUUGGCUUAGAAACGGUGACAUUAAUAAGAAGCACAAAUGGUAUUACCAAAUACAGGGGCAGUUGCAUGUUACUCAUCGUUCCUACUGUGUGUUUGCCGUUUGGACUCCACACGGCAUGAAGUCGGAAACUAUGUUCCAUGACACUACAUUUUGGUCUACUUCUAUGGAACCACUUCUGUGUAAAUUUUAUUUAAAUUGUUUAUUACCAGAGCUAGUAGACUCUAGAAGAGCCCGAAAUAUGCCCAUAAAAGAUCCUGAUUACAUAAUUAAAGCUAUUCAGGAGAAAUCUUAA